AAAUCGUGGACCAUCCAUUAACAAGUUACAGUCAGCUUCAUUCAUCGUUGCCUCUCUCUCCCCAAUGGCUGUCGCGUUUCAGUUCUGCCGAUUAUGCAUCCGCCCGGAUACUUUGGCCCCCGGAUCCGGAUCCCUCCGCCGCCGGAAACCUUCAUCACUCCGUUGCUCGUCUGGAAACGACGACGCUCCUUCGCCAUCGGUGGUGAUGGACUCCGACUUCGACGCCAAGACGUUCCGCAAGAACUUGACGAGAAGCGAUAACUACAAUCGCAAAGGGUUUGGGCACAAGGAGGAGACUCUCAAGCUCAUGAAUCGCGAGUACACCAGUGAUGUGUUGGAGACGCUGAAAGCAAAUGGGUAUACGUAUUCUUGGGGAGAUGUUACCGUGAAGCUAGCUAAAGCUUAUGGCUUUUGCUGGGGUGUUGAGCGUGCUGUUCAGAUUGCUUAUGAAGCAAGAAGGCAGUUUCCUGAGGAGAAGCUUUGGAUUACUAACGAGAUCAUUCAUAACCCUACCGUCAAUAAGAGGUUAGAAGAAAUGGAUGUUAAGAUUAUCCCUGUUGAGGAUUCGAAGAAGCAGUUUGAUGUAGUGGAUAAAGAUGAUGUGGUGAUCCUUCCUGCUUUUGGAGCUGGCGUUGAUGAGAUGUAUGUUCUCAAUGAUAAGAAGGUUCAAAUCGUCGACACCACUUGUCCCUGGGUGACAAAGGUGUGGAACAUGGUUGAGAAGCACAAGAAGGGGGAAUACACAUCGAUCAUUCACGGUAAAUAUAACCAUGAGGAGACCAUUGCAACUGCAUCUUUUGCAGGGAAGUACAUCAUUGUAAAGAACAUGAAAGAGGCGAAUUACGUUUGCGAUUACAUUCUUGGUGGUGAACUCGAUGGAUCUAGCUCCACAAAAGAGGAAUUCAUGGAGAAAUUCAAGUAUGCUGUUUCAAAGGGUUUUGACCCUGACAAUGACCUUAUCAAAGUGGGUAUUGCAAACCAAACUACGAUGCUCAAGGGAGAAACAGAGGAGAUUGGAAAAUUAAUCGAGAGGACAAUGAUGCGCAAGUAUGGAGUGGAAAACGUAAAUGGACAUUUCAUCAGCUUCAACACCAUAUGCGACGCUACUCAAGAGAGGCAAGAUGCAAUCUAUGAGCUAGUGGAAGAGAAGAUUGACCUCAUGCUAGUGGUAGGUGGGUGGAACUCAAGCAACACUUCUCACCUUCAGGAGAUCUCAGAGGUCCGUGGAAUCCCAUCUUACUGGAUCGACAGUGAACAACGGAUAGGACCUGGGAACAAAAUAGCCUAUAAGCUCCACUACGGAGAGCUGGUGGAGAAGGAGAACUUUCUUCCAAAAGGGCCAAUAACCAUUGGUGUGACAUCAGGUGCAUCAACUCCAGAUAAGGUCGUGGAAGAUGUUUUGGUGAAGGUGUUUGAUAUUAAACGUGAAGAGUUGUUGCAGCUGGCUUGAUGUGCUUGUUGUAUGCAAACAGUUACUUCAUGUCAAGACUCAAAAGUGUGUGUGCUAAAGUAAAAUGUAGUUUAUAUGAUGAUGUCAAAACAUUUAAAUUUUAAAAUAAAUUGGAAGAAAGAGAGAAAAAUAUAUAAUUUUUAUUA